AUGCAGAAGACGUUGUUCAUCUUGCUGCUCAUCUCAUCUCAAGACCCAUCGUCCCGAGGACCUAACAAACACCCGGCGUUCCAAGUGCCGGCGAGCCUUCGAGAUCAUUACUAUGCUAUUAUCGGGACGGGAGGGAAUGGUAACAUUGGCUCAUCGACUCUCGGUCAAAUCCAAAGGGCUGGAUGGGGAACCGCUUUCGAGGAGUUUUCCGUUGGGACAAAGGGAUGCAGGAGUCUGUUUCUAGCUGGGGUGUUUCGAUAUAUCACCUUUCCUGCCGGUCCUCCAGUUCCGCUGGCAUCCCGGCUACUAGCUCUAAGAAAUCUGAUGCCUAUGAGGAAACUCAAAUCGUUAGAAAUGUCGCAGUUGCCCCCCUGUGGUGAUUCCUGCGGGCCAUUUGCACCAGGCCACCGCAUGGAACUGGGAGUUUGUACUCCGACCGUUUGGGGAUCUCUUGAAGGCUGCGAAUCCCCACGAAUGCUUGCUCGGUGUCUGCUUGAUUGUUUGGUCGGCUUUGCAAAAGUGUAUCUUACUGACAACAGGGCGGGUGGCAUCCCCUUGUAUCCACUGGCUAUCUCAAAUAGGAACCUACUUCGCCGAUUAGAAAAGGAAGUUCGUCCGCACACAGAGGUAGUAAGAAAAGAUGAAGAUUGGUUUCACAGCGACGAAAUGCAGUUUCUUUCCAACUACCUGAACGAGUGUUACGCUUUCAUCCUCGAUGUUGAAAUAGAGGCGCCAUUAAGUGAAACACGAAUGAACGUAAAGGAAUUUUUGGGAGCCAUCGCUUUCUUACCGACCCGCAUACUGCGUCUGUUAACGCGUGGCGAACCCAUUAUCUACACAACGAUCGACCGUCUUGAAUCUUUUUCCUGGGUCCUUCUGUGGAUCGCCUUCCGCAAAGACCCAAAACACCGAGAAUCCGAGGUGCAUUUGACUGAUUUGAACCGUAAAGCGGUUCGGAACGUUGUCAUCACGAAAUCCUCGCUUAUGGACAACAUCGCUGACGAAGCCGAAGUGCUGCAUUUCCCACUCUCUGUACAAGCCAUUCAAGACUUGUUCAAAAGAUGGAUUGCCGCCUCACGAAAAGCGACUGCAGAGGUGUCGCGUGUGUUUGAAGAUGAAAGGUUUACUCUCGACAAUCUCCAUUCGAGCACAGAGGUUCACAAGGAACUCAAGAAAGCUCUUCAAGACGCAACAAAGGAAUGUCUAAAGGAGUAUAUGCGAGCUGCAGUAGACUUCAUUGAAGGGGAGGGAGAGGAGCUGACGAUCUGGCCUGAUCCAUCUGCAUGA